AUGGACCACAACAGUUCCUACGACUACUACCCAUUCAACCACCCCCAACACCCUCUGUACUUUAACCCCGUAUCUCCUGUUCAUGUUCCUCCUCCUCCUCCUCCUCCUCCUGGUCAUCCAGAACCAGAGGAACAAAAAGACUACCACCACUACGCUCCCGCAUCACCAAGCGACUUUAUUUACAACGCCAACUCCUCUGUCAACACCACCACCGCCGCUAGCAUCCUUCAUCAUCAUCAUCAUCGGCAUCCUUCCCGCUCUUCUCGAUCUUUAUUCUCCAACGAGCCAGUACUCGCCUAUCCACCUCGGACAGUGGGGUCUAGGUCUGUUGAGCAAUCAUUUUCGAAUUACUUACCUGGGGUACUGGAACCAAGUCUACCACGACCAGCACCAGGUUUCGAGGAGCAUCGACGCCAGCGGCAAUCAACGAUGAUGACCAUGGGGCCGGGACCAAGUAAAUCGGUACCUUCUCCACUGUCACUGCCCCUCAGUAGGGAAGGAGGAAGAAGUGGUAGGAGGAGGAUGAGCGGGUUCAGUUCCGGUGAGGAGACAGUGGUGGUGAUUAAGCGGGAGGAGGAGGAGGAGGAGUCGGUUCCUUGGGUGUCGAUACCGUUAGAGCAGAGGGUGAAGAGGUGGGUGCCGCGGGUGCCACAGGGAGAACAGGGAGAACAGAUGAAGCAGGUGGAAGAAGAUGCGGUGGGAGGUGUGGUGGGAGGUGUGGUGGGAUACGUGCCCCUAGGGACGGAGGAGAGUGGGGUCAGUGGUAGUAAGACUUGGGAGGAAAGGGGGGAAGGGGUGGUAAUGGAGAGGGUUAUGAUGGUGCCGUCGGUGGUGUCUAGCGUUGGUGCCAAUGCCGGUGUGGAAAUGGUGGCAGGGAUGAUGGGUACGGCGAUGGGAAUGGGAAUGGAACCAACAAUAACGCCAAAGAUGGGCCUGUUCAAACCCAUCAGGUGGGAUGGACCGUCUUCUGCUUCGAGGGCUAAGGCUAAGGCAAGGAGGGUACGUGCCUGGGAAACCAUGGAAGAACAACAUGGUGAUGUUCAUCUUCGACGGACUCCUCCUGGAAUUCAGAAUCGAAGCAGCAACAGAGACCGAAACGACGAAACCGAAGACGAAAAAGUUUCCGACGCCCCCAUCUCUCCCCAUUCUCGCUCCCCAAAGAGAUUCAAGACCUCCUCCUCCCAUUCAGGAUACAUCCUUCGUCCAGGUCCAUGUCCAGCAGAAACAAAAACAGACACAGAAAUAAAGCAAGAACCAAGCCUCUCACCUCCACCAUCCGCCGUUUUGGCUCAGAUUCCCAUGUUUGAUUCCUUCGAUUCCCUUCCACGCAACAACAGUGGCUAUGAAUCCUCCGGUCAUGACGACAAUUCCCUUUCUUUGCGAAGUAUCAGCCCUUUGACUCGGGUCCCGACACCUCAUCGUGUGCUGUUCACUACUACUACUACUCCGAACCGGAUCAUGACUGGAACUGGAACCAGAGAAACGACCCAGCCUUCAUUGAGGGCGGUGAGUAAGCAGCUGAAGAAGAGGAAUCGGGAGAUGGCGCUGGGUCAAGGUCACGGGCGGGAGGAUAAUCGAGAACGGAGUCGUGAACCAAGAAAGAAACGAAGAGAGGAGGGGGCGUGUUGGGGUUUACCUGGCGGUAGUCAGAGACAGACUCCAGCUCAGGGUGCUAACUCUGCUGCUCAGCAAAAACAACAACAACAACAACAACAACAACAACAUCGAGAAUCUUCCGAAGGGAGAGAACAAGGCUGGACAACCAUCUCGGGCAGCAGUGAAGAAGGGGAAGCAAGCAGUCAUUACGAAAACAGUUACAGUUAUAGCUUUGGUCAACAGGAGAGGGAUAGGGAUGCCGCUGCUGCAUCAAGUACGUCUAAUCCCCUUUCUUAUACCGAUCAGGAAGAAGAAUGGUGUCGCCCUUUUUCUUUCUCAUCGUCGUCAUCGUCGGCCGCACCCGUCUCUUUUGAGACCUCAGCGAGAUAUGAUCAUGAUUAUGAAUCCGCUCCUCCGUCACUGUCGGCCUCGCAGGAGAGAAGAAGAACAGAAGAAGAAGGAUACCGCCAAGCGAUACAAAUGGCGCAAGACACUUGUCUUGAGGCUAGCAAGAGGUAUAUCAGGGCUCAUUGCGCGAAUAGGGGGGCUCGCGGGGGUGGUAGUCCUGACACUAGUCCUGCUCCCCGCCAAACUGUCUCGACACGGUCGGCCCGCAAGGCAAGAAGGAAGCGUAAGCUGGAAACCCGUCAGGCCUCUUCCUUUUCCUCCUCUUUCUCAUCCUCCUCACCUUCAACUUCACCAGAGGCACCAGCACCUUCACGGCAGCGACGCAAAGGUAAAGGUAAAAGCAAACGACAAAACCGAACCAAGAACCGAACCACCACAACCUCUCCUCCCUCCUCUUUUAACUCACCCCAUCACCAGUCCCCACCUCCCCCAGACAUCCAAAUAAGAAAUUCCCUCCUCCCCAACAUCUCCCAAAUCUGCACCCUCCUCUGGUCGCGCUCGCAGUCUCUCCGACUGCACGACACCGACAGCAUCGAGUUGCAUACCGCGCGCAACAUGUACUGGCUUUUAUCGUGGGCGGAAACCGUCGCUUUUGCCGUUGUUCCACCUACUCUCGCUUCCAUUUCUACUUCCACUUCUUUUACUGCCUUUACCGUCCCAGACUCAAAGUCAGACCCAGAUCCAUUCGAUUCAACUACGACCAUAUCAGUCGGUUCGUCGGUCCCCGGUUUCGAUGGUUGUUCUUCUUCUUCUUCUGCUGCUUUGCGGCAGAGGAAAAGGGAGUGGGACAGGGAGUGGGAAUGGGAGGGUUUUGGGGAGGGGGUGAGUGAGGAGGGGGAUAAGGCUGAAGAAGGGUUGGAGAGCAAAAACGGGAGAGCGGUUUGGGAACAGCAACGGAUAGAAGAAAUGAUAAAGAGGGUGUUUGACGAGGGAGGCAUGCUUUGUGAGUUUCUGGGGUAUGGGGAGGGGGUGGAGAGGUUGGGUAGGGUUAGGGAGUUUUGUGGGGUUUGA